AUGGUUAAAAGAGACAGAGAGCCAGAAUCGGGCGUCAAUGACACUGAGCAGGGUCCUGCGGCCGUUGAGGUGAACCACAGACCUCACAAGAAGGCCCAGCUGACCUCACAGGAUGUCCAGAUCGCCCGAGAAACGGCUGAACUGUUCAAGUCCAACAUCUUCAAGCUCCAGAUCGACGAGCUUGUGAAGGAACUACGUCUCAAGGACUCGCACUGUAAGCUGAUUGAGCGUGUUCUUCAUCGACUGUAUGAGAUUAUUCAGGAUAUUUCUGCUUCAGAGGCAUUUUCUCUAGAGGAAGCUGAGAAUUACUUUGAAAAGUCGAAGAACAAGGUUGCAAUACCAUUCCCUGAUCCCAAGCCUACCUCAAUCAACUACAAGCUGCAGUACAAUGCUCCCACAGACGUCUCAUUGGUUGGAUCGUUUGGCCUGAAGACCGGCAUCCAGCAGCCGGAUGGCAUGGCAGUGGAUGUUUCUCUGACCAUGCCUAAAUCCAUGUUCCAGCCAAAAGAUUAUCUAAACUACAAAGCUCUCUACAAGAGAGCUUUUUACAUCGCUUACCUUGCAGACCAGCUAAUCACACUCACGGCGAAAAAUCACCUGCCAGUUAGAAUCUCCUACGAGUACGUCAAUGGAGACAAGUUGUGUCCAAGCAUCAGAAUAGACAGUGUUACGCCAGACAAAGUUCACGACAACGACCUACUUUUCGAGGACACAAAUUUCAGAGUCAGACUUCUGGUCGGAUUCGAGUACGGGCUGUUUGAAAGCAAAAAACUCCUUCCAGACAGAAACUGCGUUCGCAUUCAAACCGACGACGAGCUUCCUCCAACGCCUCUAUACAACUCCUCCAUUCUGUCGUCCACAACCUACAAAUACUAUCUCAAGUAUCUGUACGCUACAAAGAAAACCACAACCUCUUUUAGAGAUGCGACGGUGCUGGGAAAGCUGUGGCUCAGACAACGCGGGCUCGGCUCCCAUUUUAAUAAGGGCGGCUUUGGACAUUUUGAGUUUGCCGUGCUGAUGGCUGCACUGUUGGCGGGAGGUGGUGAGAAUGGGAACAAGGUGUUGCUCCAUGGAUACUCCAGCUACCAGCUGUUCAAAGGUACGAUCAAGUAUUUAGCCACCCAAGACCUGGUGGACGACGGAUACCUCUCAUUUAGCUCUGUUGUUGGCGAUAAUGGCUCAGUCUACAAGAAAGGCGGAUUCAACGUCCCAACUCUGUUCGACAAGACCACCAAAAUCAACAUUUUCUGGAAAAUGACUGCUUCUUCCUACCAAGUGUUGAAGAAGCAGGCAGCUGAGACUCUGGACCUUUUGAACGACGUUGUGCAGGACCGUUUCAAACAAACAUUCAUCUACAAAAAUACACAGAAGCACUUGCAAUACGACAUGCUUGUGUCAGUUCCGUUAAAAGAUCUGAACCAACACGAAAAAUUCGGCCCUAUAGAGAAAAUCACUUUCUUGACAUACGAAAACUUUGUGUGCAGCAAAGUCCACAAGCUGGUUUUGCGUGCAAUGGCCGAACGAGCAUCCCAUGUCGUCGUUAGACUUUCCAGCACUGACGACAAAUGGAGCGUACAAAAGAGACGUCCUGACACCCAGGAUAAACAGGUCGAGAUCGGACUGUAUUUGAAUGCCAUUGAGUGCGAAAAGAAAAUCACCAAGGGUCCUCUCCAUAACGAUGAGGAAAACGCCAUUCGCUUCCGUUCUUUCUGGGGCGCAAAAGCUCAAGUCAGAAAAUAUAAAGAUGGAAACAUACAGUAUAGUUGUCUGUGGCCAGCCAACGAGCUCACGGUGGUAUCCAUCCUGAAAUACAUAUUCGAGCUCCAUAUCAAUUCCAGCGCAAGACUCGAAUUCAUCACAGACAGAUUCUGGAAGAUGCUGCCUGUGCCACUGACGUCCAACUCGAUGCAACUAAUUCCGUCCAAUUUCCAGCAGCUGAAAAAUUCGUAUUCCGAGCUGUGCAAAGUGCUGAAUAAAAUAGAUCUCCCGCUGAGCGUCAAAUCCAUUCUGCCAGCUUCCCCUGCUCUGCGAAACACGUCGCUAAUACUGCCCGUUCCUCAUGCCGUGUCGAACCCAGACUUCUUCAACGAGUCGAUUCUCCAAUUCGAAUCAUCGACAAAGUGGCCGGACGAGCUGCUUGCUCUCGAGCAGACAAAAACAGCGUUCCUCUUAAAGAUCAACGACUACCUCGCUAAAAACACAAACUACAAGUCCUACCUGGAAGAGGAUCGCACGUCUGUUCCUUACAACACCGAAAUCAAAGUGCUCCGUGUGCUUACACCAGACGGCUACGGAUUUAGCUUCCGUGUUCUGACAGAACGUGACGAAGUGCUGUAUCUUCGUGCUAUCGAGAACGCUCCCGAAAAACAACGCAAGACCGUCGCAGAUAUUUAUCUGGCAUUCAAUCAGAAGUAUAUGGGCUCAGUCAAACACCACCGGGCUAUUGCCUCUCUGAGUACGUACUUCCCAUUUUAUUCUGCGACAGUGCGUCUUUUCAAGCGCUGGCUCGACGCCCAGCUUCUUCUGUCUCAUUUCAACGACGAGCUUGUGGAGCUUUUGGUGAUGAAGGUGUUUGUGGACCCUGCUCCAUACUCUGUUCCUGCCAGCGUCGAGGCUGGCUUUCUUCGCACAUUACAGUUUCUAAGCCAAUGGAACUGGAAGGACGACCCGCUGGUUCUUGAUCUUGCUAAAGAUCUUGAGAAAAGCGGAAAUUACAUUGACCUCGUCUCAGAAAGAUUGACCGUCCAGGCUUACCAGUCCAUUACCGGGAAUUUCAGCAAACUGCGCAAAGAGGACCCACAGGCUAUCAAGACACAGUUAUUCGUUGCCUCCAAGGAAGACCCAUCUGGAAAACUGUGGUCAUUUGGGCUUUCUUUGCCUAUUGCGACAAGAUUGACUGCGCUCAGUAAGGCUGCGGUGGCUGCCGUCAGCAAGACGCUUAAUCAGAAAACUUUGAAACUCAUAUUCACUCCAGCACUUAAAGAUUAUGAUAUCGUGCUGAAGAUCAAAACGCCUACCGAGCUUGCCUCGAAGUCUGGGAUCUUGCCAGAAAACAAGUUCAAGAAUUUGGUGGCUACGUCGUUGGUGGCCUCCGACGACGUUUCUUCGGAGCAGGAUCCUGUUCCUGCGUUCUGUGACGAGUUGAGGGCUCGUUUCAGUAACGUGAUGCUCAUCUCGUGCGGGAAGUACACCGGACUGGGCAAAGAGGGCCGUUGCAACGUUGUUGCGGCGAUCCUGAACCCAGUAAUCGCCAACUCCAAGAAGAAGUUCCGGGUCAACGUUGGCUACGACGUUGAACCUACCGAUGAUGAGCAGCUAAAGCUUAAUAAGUGUUCUCUGCUCAGUCAAAUCUCGCUCUUGGGCGGUGAUUUAAUUGAGACUGUGGACUUAAAUAGGUGGGAAUAA